AUGACAUCCAGUGAUUUUUCCCGCGCUAAAUGGUACGACUGUGAGACGGACUCGGAGUCUCUGUUCCUGAACUGGAUCAGCAGGUCCGAAUUGAGACAACGAGAGAGUCGCAUUGACCGCUCGCCUGUAUUGCAAUGUGUGAAUGAACCAACGAACUGUGGAAACGAAGAAUAUGAAGAAAAUGGCUCAGCUCAUAUGCCAUUGUUCAUUCAUUUGUACACUCUAGAGCGUAUGUCAGAACUCAGAGAGUUCGAUGUUCCUCAGAUUGAGAAAAGAUCACUGGAGCGUCUGUGCCUGCAAGCCAAACUCCUUCGAUCUUCUGAUUCUGUCAGCGCCUCUGGAAGUCCAGGUCAACAUAUGUCAACGCCUGCUUCUAGCUCAAACUCUUUCAACCAGAUUCCUCUACCCACGAGCCAGAGUUACCUAGCGACCAGCAUACAAACUCAGUCCACUCCAGUUAAAUUGACAAUCAAUUCUGCUAACUUGGCAGGAUUCCUAAUGCAAUCCGUUACUUGUCCACCACAAAAGGCUCUGAAAAAUGCUCUGCAAAAUUUGUCUGCAAUGGACGCCAUGGACAAAAAGGAGGAACUGACCGAAUUGGGGAAGUAUCUAGCAGACCUUCAUAUACCAGCUUAUUUGGGAAAAAUAGCUAUUUACAGUGUCAUACUCAAAUGUCUAGACCCCAUUCUGACUAUCAUUUGCUCAAUGAUAUACGGGAGUCCAUUCAGGGAAAAUCUGAAUGGAUCGAGUGGCAAGUUGUCAAUUCAAAGAUCGUUCGAAUCCGUGCUUCAUUUCUCGGCCAGCGUAUGUUCCGAUCAUUUGGCGAUGUUGAGGGCAUUCCAGGCAUGGCAGAAAUCCAAGACAUGUGAAACUGCUAUUUCACAAGGUCAAUGCAAUCAGCCGGGAGGUAUACCGUCCACGACAUAUUCUUCGUUCCAGUACAUCUCAAACAGCAACCAGUUCUGCUUAGAAAACAAUUUGAGUGCAGCCAAAAUGGAACUGAUCAGUGGUAAAAGGACCAGCCUGCUGUGUGGAAUGCGGACGCAGCAGUUUGUUCAGCCCAAGGGUGGAGGCGACAUCAGAGACCUGAAUGUGAACAGUGAGAACUGGGCAGUGGUGAAAGCGUGUCUCGUUGCAGGAAUAUAUCCGAACGUGGCUUUUUUCAACAAUGCACACAGGGAAUUAGUCACCAAAAAACUGUCAGAGCUGUGUCUGUCUCCUGAGUCGGUGCUAGUGAACAAACAGCUGUUCACGAAAGAGGAGCUUGUCGACAGUCUGCAACAGCUGAAUGGACAGUGGUUCAUCUACAACCAGAUAGACAGAUGCGGUCAGUCCAACGCCGUGAAGGGUAGUACCAUCAUUACGCCACUCAGUCUUGCGCUAUUCGCGGGUGCUUCCCGAAGACCCGAGAUAGAGUGGUUCUACAUACAGUCGGGAAAACCCCGCCACAAGGCCGAAAUCAACAAUUCCAGCCAGAAGUGUAGUUCAAGUAGCACUCUUAAAAGUUUUCAAAGCACCUUUGAAGGAGACUUUGCUGCGACAGUGAAUGCGUCUGUGGUCGAGUGUAGUUCUGAUGAUGAUCUUACGGACUCUGAAUUAGACCAGAGUCGGAUGGUCCGAGGAGGCAAUUCGGAGAAUGCAGGAUCGCCAGGGACCAACGGGGGCUCAGACAUGGGAACUGCGACUAUUGUGGUAGAUGAUUGGAUAUCGUUCAAGCUAGAUGAUCAUAGUGGGAGCAAUGUCAAGAGAAUGCGACAGAAGUGGCACGCAUUACUGCUGCGGAAACUGAAGAACCCCAGCAAAGCAUUCACGGAGUCUGAUGAUCAAGUGAUCAGGUGCAUCGCCCAGGUGUUGAACGAGGAGGAACAGAGUCUGGAACUCAACUGCCCUCCAGGCAUUGGACAGAAACCAAGACCGAACCAUCUGAACAUGAGUAGCACCAAUCAGUCCUCCAUGUCUUCUCCAGUGGUGUCUCAACAUCAACAACAGUCCUCCGGUGGAUCUCUGGCACAGUCAGCCUCUACAUUCGACAACUCACAUGUACAGUAUGAUCUGACCAAAGACGAAAGCUACAACCAGUUUCUGGCCACUGCUAGCGAUAUGACAUUGGAAUGUUACGCAUCCAACUUGCCCCCCUCUAGGCGCGACACGGCGCAGUUCCUAGAAGCACACAUGGGCAAACCAACUGCUUACGUCAUUAUAUCAGUGAGCAAUGCGAGUGACGUCAUAGAAACGACCUUGGGCGAACUGUCGAAGGAUAAUUGCAACCAGCAGCAUGAAGGGAAUGCGGUGGAGUCGAGUGGAUCCUUGAAAAUGGUCAAAACUAGUUCGCGCAAUGUGGAAAAGCUGAACAGUCUCAUGGGAGAAGGAUACGCAGUGAUUAUCUUUCUGAAGCUGAGUCAAGUGCCAAUUAGUGGGAGGAAAAUUUCAGAUAUUCUGACUGACUUGUUCCUCAUGAUCGGUUUCGGCCACGAGACGAGAUCGUCCGAGCGAGGGCUAGUCCCCGUACGUCAAAUGACAUUCGGGGCCGAAGUGAACCUGGACUUGGUGAAGUUGCUGAGAUCGGACGGGUUGUCGAUCAACAAGAUAUCGGACGGGGACCAGUUGGAUCCAGGGGCGGGCAGAGGACUGUGUGAAUACAUUGUGCAAUCGGCUGAACAGAGGCGGAGACCGGCAGCAGUUAAUCAAAUUCAACAGAUUGUUCCUGAUUACCAACGCAACGCCAGUGGCAAUAAACGGAUGCAGAACAAAAUUCCGAAGAGCUACCAACCUGCUUUUAGCUCUACUUCCAAAACUUCAACUGGAAGAACUGAAGUCGCUGAUUACAGUCCAUUUAUGACUGCAAAGCCUGAUUACUACACUUCUGGUCGGCAAGGGAUAUCACCCGAGCCAAAUCAACCAACUGGUUUCAUGUGUAUGCAUCCUAACUCACAGAAUCACUUAUACCAGGUUUCUAAUUCGUCCAAGACUAGAACCAAGCGCCGUCCUUCCACUAAACAAACGAGCACUGGCUACGAGAAUUCCUCGUCUCGCAACCCUGGAUCUCAAGGGUUCAUGACUCAUGAAUCCAAUGCCGGCUCAAGAUACUACAACAGUAGAUCGCACGUUAAUGUAGCGCCUGGUAAUGUCCAGUACAGAAACUACUCCUUAUUUGGAGAUGAUCAAACUUUGAGUGCCGGUGGCGAUGAACAAAGAUUUGUUCAAGCAUCGAUGUCAUUAAACAUGCAGCCAAUGCUUAAUCCUGAAGAGGACAACUCCAUGUUUAGUAUCCAGCAGCAACAGGACGGAUGGUUGUCUGGAUUUGACCGAAACUGGACGGUUGUUCAGAACCAGCCUGAGCCAGAGAUGUCAUUCGCCGAAACUCCAGGAACCCCGGAUGUUCUUCAACCACAAGGAAUGAGCAGCGAGUUUCAGUUGGAUUUCAACUCGAUGUUUCAGUUUCCACUGAACGAAGCAGCCAGGGCAUUCCCUGGUGACAUCAACUUUGAAGGCCACACUUAUUCGCAACUACCUUCCGCGCCUGGAGGCAAUACCUUCUUCUCGCCGACUACGUCCAACACAUACGAGUUGUUUUCGCCCGUCUCUGUUCCGACCAGUUUGUUGACACGUGAGGGAGGAGGAAGUGGCGCUUUGUCCGACUGGAGUUUCUCAAGCGAGGCUCUAACUGAUUCAGAGGUAUCGUCGGCAGGUUCGCCGAACAAGAUGAGAGACAUUGAUGUUGUCCAUGGCCUGAGAUCCAAGUUGCAGUUUGGAAGUGUGGGUUCUUGUGAUGCUACUACAGACUCGAAUGAGCCGAUUCAAACGUACGCUCCGUUUGCAUUGUUUCCGAGUUCAAGCCAAGACCCUAAUACUGGUGGCCAACCUCCGAAUCAAAAUUAAGCCAACCUCCGAAUCAAAAUUAAGAAAAAAACAAGUUCACCGGGAUUGACUUAAUUGCAUGUUACAUGUUUGUUCUUCUUAAUUGCAGUGAAAAACAGUGCUUUUGUUACGGAUUUGUUGCAAUAGUGACUAGUUUGCUAGUUCAUGUUAGCUAUUGAUGUUUCAUCGUUAGGUUUUUAUCAAGAGUAAGAGUCAAUGAACGAAGUGAAUAAUCAAAUUUUAAAGAGAAUACAGGAACUGCCAAAAAAUCAU